AUGAAGAAACGCAUUUAUUCGAUAUUAGCAGGUGUCAUUAUUGGUGUCGUUGCUGUCAUUAGUUUUCAAAGUUAUUACCUUGAAACCCCUUUAAUUACUGAAGAUUCUUUGCUUCGAGUUCGAGGCAUGUUUGAUACUUUUAAUUGGUCCGUAAACGUCCGAGACGAGCUUUUAGCGGCUUUUGAACACCGUCCGACUCUUCUUGGAGCAGUGGAAAAACGUCCAGGGUUACAAAUGUACCAAGAAGAAAAUAUCACGGCGGACUCGCCGGUCAUUUUGCUGCCUGGUUUUACGUCGACAGGACUGGAAAUCUGGAAUGGAAGUGAAUGUAGCAAAGCUUACUUUCGACAACGAAUGUGGGGUACAUCCAGGAUGUUGCAACAAUUUAUGAUGAACCAGAAAUGCUGGUUGGAGCAUAUGAUGCUCAACCGCUCGUCUGGAAUGGAUCCAGAUGGGAUCAAGCUGCGUGCAGCAAAAGGUCUUGAAGCAGCCGAUUUUUUAAUUGGUGGGUACUGGGUCUGGGGCAAAAUGGUGGAAAAUCUGGCCGAGAUUGGAUAUGAUAGCAAUCACUUGUACAUGGCGGCGUACGAUUGGAGACUCAUGCCACAUUUGUUGGAAAAACGGGAUGGAUAUUUCACCAAACUUAAAUAUACGAUUGAAAUGGCUCGUUUGUCGUCAGGAGGACGCAAAGUAAUGCUGGUUACGCACUCGUAUGCCCAACAAGUCUUUUUGUACUUUUUGAAAUGGGUAGAGAGUGAUAAUGGCGGCAAGGGGGGAGACCAGUGGGUGGAAAAUAAUGUUGAAGCAUUUGUGAAUAUUGCUGGACCGACCUUGGGUACAGUGAAGACGAUUAGUGCGUUGAUGUCGGGAGAGAUGAAGGAUACGGCAGAGUUGGGCGGAUUGUCCAAGUUUCUCGGUUACUUUUUUAGUGUGUCGGCGCGUACGCAAUUAGCACGGUCGUGGUCGAGUGUCUUCACGAUGCUACCCAUUGGUGGGAAUCGCAUCUGGGGCACUGCCGACUCGGCACCUGAUGAUGUGGUUGCAGCUUCGCCGUUGUUGACUGGAAAGAACUCGACGGUGGACUCAAAGAAAGUGAAGGAACAUGUUAAGCGCUUUGGUUCACAUGGGCAGAUCAUUCGCUUCGUUAAUGCCACGCACGAGAACAUCACUGCCGGAGAUGUGCAUGAGUUGCUUGGCACAUUAGACCCGUACCUCGACACCUUCAGCUCGUGGUUUAGUACUGGAAUUGCCGAAGACCCGUCACUUCCCGAAUACGACCAGUCAAAAUACUGGGCAAACCCGUUGGAAACUACUUUGCCAAAGGCACCGAGCUUGAAAGUGUUCUGCUUUUAUGGUGUGGGCAAGCCUGUAGAACGAGGAUACACCUACGGAGGAAACCCGCCACAAGAUGUUAACGUGACUGUGAACGGUAAGCGUGUGGCUCCCUACGUGUUCAACACCGAGAUUCAUGACCUGCCUUACGUCAAGGAUGGUAUACGAUACAGUGACGGAGAUGGCACUGUGCCUCUUAUCUCUUUGGGACUCAUGUGUGCAAGUGGCUGGCAGACCCAGAAGUAUAACCCUGGAGGAGUUGACGUCCGUGUACGUGAGUACAGUCACAAUCCCGUGUCAAUGUUGUUUGAUGCCCGUGGCGGACCUGAGACGGCUGACCAUGUUGAUAUCAUGGGCAACCAUGCACUUCUCCGUGACGUGCUGCUUGUGGCCGCUCGUGCUUAUGACCGCGUGCCACAUAAGGUCACGUCCAACAUCAUGGAAAUUGCUGAACGCGUCGGAGAGCUGUAG